GCCCCCCGUUUCUCCCCCGGACCAAACGCGCGACACUGACACGGAGCUUCACACUGACCGCUGCCUCUCAAACUGAAGACUGUACAAAAGAGAAAAGUUUUAUGGUGGACUGCAGGAUCUUACUAUAUGUGGAGAUAAAUCUCAUUCAGCGCUAUUUUAGGGCAUGGUAAACUUGUAUUCAUCAACCCACGAGGACCCUUGUUGAUUUUACAAGAACCCCUUCAAACUGGGAUGCCUGAGUGGAAUAAGCCAGCAGAGGGGGAUUCGGGGUGAAGGAAGAGAAGAGGGAUUAGGGCCUUAUCCCGGACAUGACAAAUCCUUAAGGAGCCUCCGUCAAGCUGUACUAUUGCCCAGAUUAUUACAUUUAAUUUAUUGCCUUUUAAAGACCCUUUAUCUCCCCUGGGAGAUUCCUGGCGAGUGGGCCGCUGGAUUUGAGUAUCUUAAAAAAAAAAAAGGAUCAGGAGCAGAGGCCGGUGGAAGUGGAGGAGCAUGGGAAGAUACAUGCAGGGAUAAAGCAACAAGCCUCCCUGCCGCCUUACACUUCAGCAGGGUGCAGGUCAAGGGUCACUGAAUGAACUUGGAUUAGGAAAGCAUGCGAUCACAUUGAUUACACAAAUUUGAUUAAGAAGCACAAACACAGAACAACUGUGAAGCCCAGAAUCUUUGACCACAUAUGCAGCAGAGGUUUUCAGGAAUUGGAGUCAUGCAUAUUUUCAGCUCACAUUUAUCUUCACAGAAUCUUCCUGGAUACGAACAAAGACCGAUGGCCAAAAUGGGACAUAGCUGAAUGCGUCUGCCUUUUGAGAAACUGUGCAAAAGAAACUUUCCACUAAACUGCGGUUGUUAUUCUGCCGAGAUAUUUUAAAGCUUGAAGGGUUAUAGGUGUAUAGUUUGCUUUCUUAUGGUGUUCUCACCAUUUUUUUGAAAACAAUUUUUGUGGAUAUUUUCUUUCUGACUCAAUUUACAGUUUAUACCCAGAGAAACCAUGAACUUGGGCAAGCUCGCUGGCCUGAAGGGCCUGGUUUCCCACUCCUCAGGAAAGCGUCGAUUUAAGGGUGACAUCACCCCGGACAUGAUCAGCCCCCCAUUGGGUGACUUCCGCCACACCAUGCAUGUGGGCCGUGGAGGGGACGUGUUUGGGGACACCUCGUUCCUCAGCAACCAUGGUGGAGCAGGAAAUAACGCAGAUGGAGACUCCUCCUCCACUUCAGAGAAGAAUGAGGGAUUCUUCUCCCGCACGCUUCGUCAUGUCCGCAAGACCCCCGACAGGCCCCGCGGCGGCUCCAAGGACCUUUCGCCACCACCUCCACCCAUUUCUCCAAUCAUUAAGAAUGCCAUUUCCCUCCCCCGGCUGGACGUGGACUCACCCAACGGCUGUCCUGUGAAAGUGCUUUUCCCUAGUCCACCCAAAACACCGGAGAGCUCCACGUACUUGUAUGGUUUGGAGUCUGGCUUUGUAACCUUGCCGAGACUGUCCCGCACUGAGCGUCCAGCCCAGGGCAGUUCUCCCUCUGCCUGCCCGCCUGAAAUCCACAGAGGCUCGCUCACGGACAUGGUUAUCCCGUCCAUCCCAUGUUCAGACUCCAUCAGUCCUUCUGACUCCAUGAACUCAUUCACUCUUGAUCUGGGCCCAUCCCUCAUGUCUGAAGUCUUUGCCAUAAUUGACAGCCCUGUGUGUGAAAAGGCCGAUCCCAUCAGUAAAAAAACACAGUCCACCGAUGAUAACUCUGAGGUGGACUCGGACGCAACCACGUCCUUGGUGGACUCUCUCCUGAGAGAAGACGAUGACGGUAGGACACGGUUGUAUGGAGGAGAGUGGAAGCAUUCAGACUUUGUAAAUGGUGAGUCACCCAAAAAAUCCAUGCUGGGGGAUCAGAUGCGUUCCUUCUCCAUUGAGGAUCAUGGUAUGGAGCCGGAGAGUUUCCAGAGGGCUGCUGAUGUGCUGGCACGUCAUUAUGGGAGUGGAGGACUCAGGAAUACAAACACCAACAACUCUCAUAGGAGAGGACCAUACAGCUAUCCUGAUGAAGAAGAAGAAAUCAAAGUCUAACACUAUAGUCCAAAUCGUACAGCACCUUUAAAUAGAGAGUUCAGCCAAAAAUGAAUGUUCUUUCAUAAUUUCUUCAGCCUCAUGUUGUUCCAAACCUGAUUCUUUCCUUGGCGAUAUAAUGAAAGGAGUUGCACAGAAUGCCACUUUUUUCUUUAUAAUGUAACUGAAUGAGGGUUGGGCCUAUCAAGCUUCAUAAUCAUAAAAAAAUAAAACACCAUGAAAGUAUUAUAAAUGUAGUCCAUAGUUUUCUGAAACCAUUUUAGUGUACAGUGAGGAACAGACCAAAAUUCCCAAAAGUUAUUAUUGACUUAUGAUAUUCUGUUCUUGUCACUGACAGUCACUCGAGCACCAAAUCAGUUCUGGUUCAAAUUUUUAAACGAAUCAUCCGGACUGUUUUUUGUUUUUGUACUGGAUAAACAUGGAAUAGAUAAAGAUAACACUGAAAAGAUAAAGACAAUUUUUUUCAGGAACAUGACAUUGCUAUUUCUCCCACGAACAUGCCACAGAAAACUAGGACAGAUGUCAAUGAAUAACAAAAAUAAUGAAUAAUUUAAAGGGAUAUUCCACCCAAAAAUGAAACUUCUGUCAACAUUCAUUCACCCUCAUGUCAAUCCAAAAACUGACUUUCUUUCUUCUGUAGAACAAAAGAAGAUAUUUUGAAGAACGUUUCAUUUGUAUUUCAGUGCUCUUCAGAAUACCUUAGUUCUGCAGAAGACAGAAAUGCUUGGAAGGGUUAGAAUGACAUGAGUGUGAGUAAAUGAUAUCAAGAUUUUACCGUCUCAUCCCUAAAACAUUAGUUUUGAUCCAGGGAAAUAAAACCUGCCACAGUUGCUCUGUAAUGCACAAUAAACACAGCUAGCUAUAUAAUGGUAAUAUAGCAAUAAAAUAUACAAUAUUUUAGUUUACAAUAUUUAGAUUUCAAGUAAACCUCUGUCAUAUGUAAUGUACAGUGAUACCAUGUGAAAUACAGACAUUUACCUGCUAGCUAUCUUGUAUUUACUAGCUCAUAUUCCCAUUGUGAACAUUGUGUUGCAGUUUAAUUAUUUUUUUGAGAAACCAGCGAACAAGACAAAGACCUUCUGGUCACUGUGUUUUCACAUUAGUACAAACAACUCAUAAAAAAACAACAAACUUACUGGCAUUUUUCUUUCCUUUAUUACAUGAUAAAUAUCUUAAGAUCAACACAGUAUACAGUAAUAUUAUAUGAUGUCCACCAGCUUUUAUCAAUGUAUUAUGAAAUUAUGAAUUUUGUUUGAAUUUAAGUUUUGUUUGUUAUGACAAAGGAGUUGACCUCUCCGUUCCCUUAAUCACAAUAUAAUAUGUACAUACUGUACGUAUGUGCGGCUUUGCACAAGAAUUUUUCAAAAUAGCAAUGUAUGUUACCUAUAAAUGACAACAAUAAAGAUUUCAUUAAAAGAAGCUAUGAACAA